AGCUGGUGCCGGUGUUGGUGCCGCACCUCAAUCUCAAGACAGGAAGAGAUCUGCCAGGGGAACAUCUACACUACACUGCACAAUAUCCUUUCGUCGCAGGUUCAUGUAGGAAUAGCAAUGCGCCAUCGCAGUGGCGGCGGGAUUCGGUCUUCGAUUGAUGGUUGCUUAUUUCCGGCACUCUCUCUCUCUCUCUCUCUCUCUCUCUCUCUCUCUCUCUCUCUCUCUCUCUCUCUCUCUCUCUCAGUUCCUGUGCUCCAGCAAAAUGCCUACCUCUGUGUCCUCCCUCCUUCUCAUGCGUUGGUUUGUUCCACUUCACUACGAAAUGAACGCCAUGUGUUUGAAGUUGCUGACCUGAGAACUCCGAACCAACCUAUCAAGCUGGGUUCUCGAUGAUAUGCAAGUGACAUGUUUACACAUCACACGCACACACAUACACACAAAAGGCCACAGCGAUCAUACACACUAUUACCAACACCCAGACGCGGCUCUCAAACCAUGU